AUGGUGAAAUUGCUGCCGGCCCAGGAGGCAGCCAAGAUCUACCAUACCAACUAUGUGCGGAACUCGCGGGCCGUGGGCGUGAUGUGGGGUACACUCACCAUCUGCUUCUCCGUGCUGGUCAUGGCCCUCUUCAUCCAGCCCUACUGGAUAGGCGACAGCGUCAACACACCGCAGGCAGGCUACUUCGGCCUUUUCUCCUACUGCGUGGGUAACGUGCUAUCCUCCGAGCUCAUCUGCAAGGGCGGUCCCCUAGACUUCUCCUCCAUCCCCUCUAGAGCCUUCAAGACUGCCAUGUUCUUUGUGGCCUUGGGCAUGUUCCUCAUCAUUGGCUCCAUCAUCUGCUUCAGCCUGUUCUUCAUCUGCAACACGGCCACAGUCUACAAGAUCUGUGCAUGGAUGCAGCUGGCUGCGGCCACAGGUCUAAUGAUUGGCUGCCUGGUCUACCCUGACGGUUGGGACUCAAGUGAGGUACGGCGCAUGUGUGGGGAGCAGACAGGCAAGUACACACUGGGUCACUGCACCAUCCGCUGGGCCUUCAUGCUGGCCAUCCUCAGCAUUGGCGAUGCCCUCAUCCUCUCCUUCCUGGCCUUCGUGUUGGGCUAUCGGCAGGACAAGCUCCUCCCUGACGACUACAAGGCAGAUGGAACUGCUGUCUUCACAUUAGCCCUUGGACUAGAAGCAGCAGCCAAACUCCUCUGUCCACUAUAA